AUGGUCGGGGGAGGCGGAAGCAGGGGAGGCGGAAUCGGGGGAAGCGCGAUUGAGCGCGGAAGCAGCAAGCAUGCAGGGUCCGGCGUCGGCGUAGGGUUACCCGUUCGCAGCGCUUCGCCGCACAGUGUCGCCAACCACGCAGAGUCGCCCGGGCACAUGUCGGACGGGCGCGGCUCCGGCAGUCACUCGAGCCACGAGGGGCGCCGCAGGCGAAAAUCCUCCGAUAACGUCGCCGUCGAGGCGCGGGCCUCGUUGGCCGGUCUUAGUCUUUCCGGUUUAAGCGGCGGGUACGGGGCGGUCCCUACGGCCACGGGGAACAGCACGAACGGCGGCGGGGGGCGAAGCAGAAGCGGCGCAAUGGGCGGCGCGGCGAGACAGCCGACGCUGGAGUCGAUGCGAAACGGGGUUAACAACAGCAGCAACAGCAGCAGUAUCAAUAGCGUCGUCGAUCCGCGAUUACCGCUCGUCAACACCCCUGACUCCAUACCGUCAGAUGCGGACAAGCCGCGGUUUCCGUUAAAGCCAUCUGUGAACGCGGCGCAAUUUCCGCCGGGGAGCGCGGAGUUGGCGGCGGCGGCGGCGGCUUUGGCGGCCGCUGCCGGCGGAGUCGCGUAUUGCAAGCCGCGGUACCAGUUCUGCCCGAAUUGCGGGUUUCAGUUAGUAGAAAACCCGAUAAUAGAACCCAUCUUAAAGCCCGUUGUUCCCGCUGUGGCGGAGGAGGAGACGGAUUCGGAACAAGACUGCGACGACGACGCGAGCGAGGUAUCUGUACCACGUGUCAAAGCGCCAUUGGCGAACGCCAAGGCGAAAACCAAGAAGGGGAAGAGCCACGCGGAAAAAGAAAGGCCGCGCAGCAGGCGUUCUUCCGCGGAGCACAGUAGCAGUGGCGGGGGUGAUUCCGACGCCGGCGGAGGGGGCGGAGCUUCCGCCGCGGGGAGAGCGGGAAGCGACGCGGAAGAGCCUGGCGCGCGGAAGCCCACCCCCGCGUUUCCCCCGUCCGCGUCUUCCGCAGGGAAAGAGAUUGAGGGGAGCCGCAUGGACCGGCUGAGAGCGCCGGAGGUGGGACAGCGCCAGGUGCUCCGCCACAUGGAGAAGGGCGGCGGAGCGGGCGCGGGCGGCGGAAAGGGGCGCCAUCGGCGCAUCGGGAGCGUGGAUCAUAAUAUUUAUUCCGCUGCUAUGCCGCUCACGAAGGGGCGGCUGGCGGGCGGCGCGGGGGCAGCGGCGGGGAGGGAUCAGGGUUACGCGGAUGCGGAGGGGGGAGGGAUGGGCGUGGGACGCGCGGGGAUGAGGGGGAUCGCGUCUCCCGUUCAGGAGGAUGACGGGGAGGGGACGGAGCGUAGCUCGCCGACGGAAUCCGUCACGUUGUCUGACGUGUCCGUGGCUACGGGGCGCGACGCGCCGGGUGGCGGCGCGAGCGCUGUCAGCGCCGCGAUUUCCGCCCACAGAAAGCGGUUGGGGAUCGGGGGCGAUGGGGGGAGCGAGAGGGGGAGCGAGCGGGGGAGCGAGAGGGGGAGCGCGGCGGGUUCGCCCAGGGGGGAACCUGGAGGCGCAGGGUCUCCGCGGAAAUCCGCUAUAGGGCUGAAAAAGCUACAGCUAAGAGUGGAAAUCGGGGCAGAUGAUAGCGGGGAUGAGGGCAGAGAGGUUAAACUGGUGGCGGUAGGCCCCCCCGCGGGGAAGGCGGGGGGAGGGGGGAUGGGGGGAGAGGGGGCAGGGGGAAGCGGAGCAGGAGGAAUGGGGAGAGGAGUGCGGGAGGUGGCGGGGAUAGGGUCUGUGAAAGAAAGGUCUGGGCUGAGGAGGGAGGGUAGUGGGGUGAGAGGGAGUGUCGGGGUUGGGGCGGGCGGGGGAGCAUUGGGAGCAGCAGCAGCAGCAGCAGGGGGGGGGAUACCAGCGGCAGCUGUAGCACCAGUGACCGUAGCGCCGGUGGCUGUAGCGGGGCCGGUGGCGGCGCUACAGAAGGGCGCGCACCGGCGCAUAUCAUCAUGGGUGGACGGGGGCAGCCUGCGGCACACGGACUUCAUCCUGCGCAAGCCGUACCGCGAGGUCACCGAGGUGUUUGACGUGCAGGAGGAGGAGCUGGGCGUGGGGCAGUUCGGCGUUAUUCGAUCGUGCGUCAAUAGAAUGACUGGCGCGCUGCUGGCUUGCAAAACGAUCAGCAAGGAACGGAUUGUGUGCCCAGAGGAUGCAGAGGACGUGCGCAAGGAGGUGCAGCUGAUGCAGCAGCUGCGGGGCCACCCCAACAUCAUCGACCUCUAUGAGACUUUUGAGGACAGCAAGCAUGUGCACCUGGUGAUGGAGAUCUGCAAGGGAGGGGAGCUGUUCGACCGCAUCAAGCUGAGGGGGCAGUACAGCGAGCGCAGCGCGGCGCUCGUGUGCCAGACGCUCGUGGAGGCGCUGCUCUACUGCCACUCCAAUGGCAUUGCUCACCGCGACGUGAAGCCGGAGAACAUUCUCCUCAUGCACAAGGAUGACGACACCAAUAUCAAAGUUAUCGACUUUGGCGUCGCCACGCGAUUCAGACACGGCGAGCCCCUGACAGAGUUUGUCGGCACGCCCUACCACAUGGCCCGAGAGGUCCCCACCGGCUCUUACAGAUGUGCAUCUCAUUCUUCCUUGUCCCUAUCCUCUCCUCACCCCUCCCUUACAGGCGAGCCUCUCACUGAGUUCGUAGGCACGCCGUACUACAUGGCCCCAGAGGUCCUCACCGGCUCGUACGGCCCCGAAUCAGAUAUCUGGUCGGCGGGUAUCGUCCUAUACAUCAUGCUGUGCGGCUUCCCGCCGUUCUGGGCGGCGAGCAACGAGGGCAUAUUCGAUGCGAUCCGGCGCAAGGAGGUGCAGUUCAGGUCCGCCAAGUGGCGCACUUCCGCCAGCAGUCAGGAUGAACUCUCUGUCGCCGUUACAUCAGUAGUCGCCGUCACCUCCCCUGAGUGCUUCAGUCUUUCGUUCCUACGCGCUGCCUCACCACUCCUCAGUUCCUCCCCUCGCUCCUUACCUCCACCCUUCUCUCCGCUCCUUACCUCCACCCUUCUCUCUGCUCCUUACCUCCACCCUUCUCUCUGCUCCUUACCUCCACCCUUCUCUCUGCUCCUUACCUCCACCCUUCUCUCUGCUCCUUACCUCCACCCUUCUCUCUGCUCCUUACCUCCACCCUUCUCUCUGCUCCUUACCUCCACCCUUCUCUCUGCUCCUUACCUCCACCCUUCUCUCCGCUCCUUACCUCCACCCUUCUCUCUGCUCCUUACCUCCACCCUUCUCUCUGCUCCUUACCUCCACCCUUCUCUCUGCUCCUUACCUCCACCCUUCUCUCUGCUCCUUACCUCCACCCUUCUCUCUGCUCCUUACCUCCACCCUUCUCUCCUCUCCUUACCUCCACCCUUCUCUCCGCUCCUUACCUCCACUCCACCCUUCUCUCCGCUCCUUACCUCCACCCUUCUCUCCGCUCCUUACCUCCACCCUUCUCUCCGCUCCUUACCUCCACCCUUCUCUCCGCUCCUUACCACCACCCUUCUCUCCGCUCCUUACCUCCACCCUUCUCUCCUCUCCUUACCUCCACCCUUCUCUCUGCUCCUGACCUCCACCCUUCUCUCUGCUCCUUACCUCCACCCUUCUCUCUGCUCCUUACCUCCACCCUUCUCUCUGCUCCUUACCUCCACCCUUCUCUCUGCUCCUUACCUCCACCCUUCUCUCUGCUCCUUACCUCCACCCUUCUCUCUGCUCCUUACCUCCACCCUUCUCUCUGCUCCUUACCUCCACCCUUCUCUCUGCUCCUUACCUCCACCCUUCUCUCUGCUCCUUACCUCCACCCUUCUCUCUGCUCCUUACCUCCACCCUUCUCUCCGCUCCUUACCUCCACCCUUCUCUCUGCUCCUUACCUCCACCCUUCUCUCUGCUCCUUACCUCCACCCUUCUCUCUGCUCCUUACCUCCACCCUUCUCUCUGCUCCUUACCUCCACCCUUCUCUCUGCUCCUUACCUCCACCCUUCUCUCCUCUCCUUACCUCCACCCUUCUCUCCGCUCCUUACCUCCACUCCACCCUUCUCUCCGCUCCUUACCUCCACCCUUCUCUCCGCUCCUUACCUCCACCCUUCUCUCCGCUCCUUACCUCCACCCUUCUCUCCGCUCCUUACCACCACCCUUCUCUCCGCUCCUUACCUCCACCCUUCUCUCCUCUCCUUACCUCCACCCUUCUCUCUGCUCCUUACCUCCACCCUUCUCUCUGCUCCUUACCUCCACCCUUCUCUCUGCUCCUUACCUCCACCCUUCUCUCUGCUCCUUACCUCCACCCUUCUCUCUGCUCCUUACCUCCACCCUUCUCUCUGCUCCUUACCUCCACCCUUCUCUCUGCUCCUUACCUCCACCCUUCUCUCUGCUCCUUACCUCCACCCUUCUCUCUGCUCCUUACCUCCACCCUUCUCUCUGCUCCUUACCUCCACCCUUCUCUCCGCUCCUUACCUCCACCCUUCUCUCUGCUCCUUACCUCCACCCUUCUCUCUGCUCCUUACCUCCACCCUUCUCUCUGCUCCUUACCUCCACCCUUCUCUCUGCUCCUUACCUCCACCCUUCUCUCUUCUCCUUACCUCCACCCUUCUCUCCUCUCCUUACCUCCACCCUUCUCUCCGCUCCUUACCUCCACUCCACCCUUCUCUCCGCUCCUUACCUCCACCCUUCUCUCCGCUCCUUACCUCCACCCUUCUCUCCGCUCCUUACCUCCACCCUUCUCUCCGCUCCUUACCACCACCCUUCUCUCCGCUCCUUACCUCCACCCUUCUCUCCUCUCCUUACCUCCACCCUUCUCUCUGCUCCUUACCUCCACCCUUCUCUCUGCUCCUUACCUCCACCCUUCUCUCUGCUCCUUACCUCCACCCUUCUCUCUGCUCCUUACCUCCACCCUUCUUUCUGCUCCUUACCUCCACCCUUCUCUCUGCUCCUUACCUCCAUCCUUCUCUCUGCUCCUUACCUCCUCCCUUCUCUCUGCUCCUUACCUCCACCCUUCUCUCUGCUCCUUAUCUCCACCCUUCUCUCCGCUCCUUACCUCCACCCUCCUCCCCCUACGCCUCACCUCACCUCCUUCCUGGGGGGGUGCGCCCAUCGUCACCCAACGUCUGCCCGCCUUCGCCUCUAACCCAGCAGCAAGCCUCUGUUGCCUCUGAGCCGACCGCAGCAGGAGCCAUGCAAGCAGCCGGCAGUGCAGAGCUGGUGCCGCCGAGACCCCAUUCCGUCUCCACCCAGUCUCCUCUGGCACCACUGCCGCCUGCGUCAGCUGCAGCGUCCCAGCAAUCCCACCAGCUGCACCAGUCCCAGCAGGCCCACCAGGCACAGCAGCGGCACCAGGAGGAGGUGCAGAGAAUGCUGGCGGCAAAGCGGGCAGCGGUGCAGAGAGCAAGGCAGAUGGGCGCCACAGGCCACUUCAAGCCGUGCGACUCCAUGUUUGGGAACUCCCUCGUUCCUGUGAUUCCAUUCCAGCAACCUUAG